CAUUUACGCAUGCGCAUGAUUUGCAGUCUACCGGAAAGACGCCAUUUACUCAGCCAUUGUUGCUCAGAAAGUGCUCAGCGACGCAGCUCAGUCUUCGAGAGAUUAUUUGAGAAUAUUGGAGAAGAGAAAAUGCCGAAGAAAUCGAAUAAAUCCUGGGGUGGUCGCAACGGCCGCGGAAAUGCUCCUUCCGAGGAUAAGCAUUAUUUUGGCCAUGACGAUCGUAUGGGAAGAAAUAAUGGAGGAUCUCAUCUCGAGGGAACCAGACCUCGUGUAUCGUUUAAAACACAUAGGCCCAACAGAGAAAUAUCGCGUAACGCAGUGUUAACAAGUUUAGAUGAGGAUAUUCCAAUGACGGGCAACAAUAAUAACAAUAAUAGACAAACAAGACAAGUUAUUAUUGCCCCGAGAGACAGAGAUAGGAGAGAUAGAUGGCAAAGAAAGAUUGCUCGAGGAAGAAAUAGCCCUCUACCAAACAGGAAUUUCAAGGGAGGCCAAUCUGGUCCUAGGAUACAAGUACUUCCAAUAGGAGAAUCCAAUUGGUAUAGAAUCAGCAUACCAUAUGGACAGAAAUAUGAAAAAGAUUACGUUUUAAGAAGCCUAUUAAACUACAUGGCACCUGAAGUGUUCAUUCCAAUAACGUAUAAGAUAAUGGGAAACGAAGCUAGUUUUUAUGUUGAUGAUCACAAGACAGCAAGUGCAUUACUAAAUUGUGAUCGUAAGAUUACAAUGACAGAUGGCUUUAAACUACAAGUGAGGGUAAAACCAGGAUUUCCACAAUGCGAGAUUGAUGAUAAAUUGAAAGAACGAUUAAAACAAGCAAUGUCCAAGAGAUAUGUGCAAGAAACAAACGCUUUGGAUUUGUCAAAGUUUCAUCGAGAUGCUGAUCUCAUUGGUGAUUACUUUUGUGCAUUGUUCCGCCCUGCAAUGUUGAUGACUGUGUUAGAUAUUGUGGGCGAACACAUACCAACUUUGGAAGCCUUGAACUUAGAAGGCAAUAAACUGCAGAACAUUGACAGGCUCAGCGUAUUAAAUAAAAAAUUUUCAAACUUGAAGAUUCUUUACAUCAGCGAUAACAAGAUUAAGGACAUCCAUCAAAUAGACGCCAUUAAAGAUCUAAAAUUGGAAGAAUUGAAAUUAAUCGGAAACCCUGUUUGUAACAAGUAUAAGUCUCGACAAAAUGACUAUAUUAGCGACGUCCGGAAACGGUUCCCGAGACUGCUGCGUCUGGACGGCACAGAACUACCACGACCAAUCGUAUUCGAUGUGAUUGACGAGGCUGCUAAGGUACCACCAUCGCAGAGAAUGUUUGUUGCUGAUAUGAAAGCACAGGAAAUUGCAAGCCAGUUUUUGCAACAAUAUUUCACAAUAUUUGACAGUGAGAACCGUCAGCCUCUACUUGACGCGUACGACGAACAUGCGUGCUUUAGUAUGACAAUAACUACUUCUCACAAUAAUAAGUUAAACGGGUAUCUCAUGGAGAAUCGAAACUUGUUCAGAAUAUAUGAUAUGGCCAGAAGACAGAAAUUAUUGAAACAUGGUAGAUUACCUGUAGUUUCUUUUAUAUCAGAAAUGCCACGAACAAAGCAUUUCCUAGAUACCUUUACCAUGGACAUUGCCCUUGCUACGCAAGUAAUGAUGUUCAUCACGAUAACGGGCUAUUUUCAAGAGCUUGAUAAUAAAGAACAGCCUAUUCGCCACUUCAACCGAACAUUUAUAAUUGUUCCGGAAGGUAGUGGAUAUUGUAUUCGCAAUGAGCAAUUACAUAUUAGUCAACCGCCUGAGGCGCAACUAAAACAACUGAACCAGCAACUAAACAACCAACCGACCCAACCGGAGGCGUCGGCGCUAUUGCCACAAACAUCCACGCAACCGGCAAAGUCUAUACUUCCAGAAUUGAGUGAAGACAUAAAACAGCAAAUGACAAUGACGUUGAGUCAGCAAACGAACAUGAAUUUGGAAUGGAGUUUGAAGUGUUUACAAGAGACGCAGUGGAACUACAAUAAUGCGCUCUCUGCAUUUCAAGAGUUCUUCAAACGUGGUCAAAUACCAUCAGAAGCGUUUACGAAAUAACAUGUAUGUGAGUAAAAAAAUUUAUCACUGUGAUAAUAAUAAUGGUAAAAAACGCGAACUUCGUAAUAUCACUCAUGUUCGUUUGCUUAUUUCUCAAUGCAUGUAUAUUUCUCUUUAUGGUUUGCAUCAGAACCUGAAAAAAAGUAUUAGACAUAUUAGAGAAAUUAUUUAGAAUCCGUCUUGUUUUAAUUUACAUUAAAAAAGAUGCUCAUAGUACAUGCGAGAGAAAAUUUGUUAAAAAAUCAAGCAAGAUCGUAAUGUAAGAAGGAGAAUGUAAUCUUUAAUUUUUAUAAGUGGUUUUUAACAAAUUUUUCUGAGAGAUACAUAUAAUACUUACACUAAUUAGCAGUACCAAUGAAAACAUUGUAAAACUAUAAAUUUUUAACAGAAUUAUAUAUAGAAUAGUUUUCUAUAUAUAAAAUUCUUCUGUUUAUAAAAACAUUUGUAAUAGGAAAACAAAUUGAUGAAUAAAAAUAAAAUAAAUAAGUGAUAAAAUUAAAAAAAAAAAAAAAAUCUUUUUGUGGCAUGUGUAUGAUGAAGUGUCAUUUGUAAUAAAAUAUUAGAAUAUGACUAUAACUGAAAAUACAACACAAAAAAGAUUAUUCAUGUAGUUUUCAUUGAUACUGUUAUAUUGAUAAGUGCGUAUGUAUGUGUGUACAUUAUCAUAGAAUAUAUAAACAAUGAUAACUAUCAUAAAAAUGAAGAUUACAAGUGCAUCUGAUAAAACAAGUCGGAUACCAUCAUACUCUAAUCAGUAUAGAAAAAUAUUAUUAUAUUAAAUAAUUUUAACAUUUUAUUAUAGAUUUUUUCUCGAUCUUUAGGUUUUGAUGCAUAAUAUAAAAAUUCCCCAAAAAAGUUGAGUUACUUUACGGAAAAGAUAAACAUAUUAAUUUUAUAUUAAAAUGCAAACAUUUGAGUCAGCAGAUUAGUGUAAUAUCUAUAUAGUAUAAAUACCAAAAUAUAUUUUUGGUAUAUAACAAAAUUAUCAAUCACUAUUAAUCUCUCUUGUAACAUGCCCUUAGUUUACAACAUAUUGUACAUUACAAGUUCUAAUGUAUAUCGAUCAAUCUUUUUUAUUUACAUGAAGUACAAACAAAAAAAGAAAUUAUACUUUAUAGUGCUUUUAUACUGCCGGUUCGUUUAUGUUUUGUGUAUAUACAGUGAUGUUAGAUAUUACAAAAUUUAGAUUUUGGUUAAACUUAAAGAUAAGAUUUAACCUAUAAGACGAAUAAAAUAUUAGACUUGCCUUGCAAAGGGAAUAAAAAAACAAUUAGGGAUUUUAUAUAAAAAAGAUCUCUACACAAAUAUAUAAUACUUUAUGUUUUAUAUGAAGAAUUUUUUAUAAAAUUCUGUAAAAUUUUAUAAAAAAUUCUUACUAAGAAAAAUUAUAUAUAAAAUCCCACAUAUAUACUAUCCCUAACUAGACCAAAAAGAAAUGCGAUUUUGAUUUUUCAAAAAAGACUUUUCUUUAUAACUAUCUAGCGUCACUGUGUAGUUAGCACAAAAUCUUUAUAUAUAGAAAAAUUAAACAGAUAUAGUUCGUGUAUAUAUAUAAAAUUAAAUUUCUCAAAAAUAGAAUAUUAUAUUCUUGGUCUAAUAAUACAUUAGAUCUUAUUGCGCGCACGGAUUUAUAUUUACAUAUAUAUCUAAGUUUAUAGCCUAUAAUAACUAUUUAAUUAGCAAAUUUUUUUUCAAGGUAAUUUCUAAAAAACAGUUAGUAAUUUUCUAGAAGAUAAUAUACACAUAUAGCGAACAAUUUCUCUCUCGAAAUUAGCAUUUAAUAUGCACGAUAGCGCUGUUGCACUGUAUGAAAAUAAUUUUUUAAAUAGUGUCAUGUAUGCGAUCCUUGAAUAUAUAAAUUGUUAUGCGUAUAUCAAUUCAAGGAAAGCUCGAUUACACUAUGUGAGUAUAAAUUAUCUGCAAUAUUCACUUAUAAAUUCGAUUUUCUUUCUUUCUUUUUUUUUUUUUUUAUUUUUAUUUAUUUUUAUUUAUUUAUUUUUUUUUAUUUUGCGAUAUAUGUUAACGAUUCGCAUCAGUAUAUGCGAUGCACAAAAUUCAAUAUGAAUUUUGUCAUACUGAAAAUGGUUCAGAUUCCAACGGCACACCCUAACGCACAUCAGUGGAAGAACGAAGAGCCAGAAACGAGAAGAGAGCUAGCAUAUAGGACAGUAUUUCAAAUUCCAAGUCUAGGACAGAUAUCCUGAUUUCUAAUUCGAAGUCUAAUAGGAUUGAUACAUGCGAUACAUCACCGGGAGAUGAAUCUGUUGCGGUUUGAAUACUAUCAGUUGGGUGUCUAUCGCACUGUGAAGCGAGGAGCGAGAAGAGCGGCGCAGCUUUCUUUUGAAGGACAUAGACCUCCAAAGUUAUUAUAACGAGGUGAACACGGUUAUAUGAGAUGCAGCAGUUGCUGAACAAGCACAUUGCAACAUUUCUACAUCUUAUGAUAUAUGCAUGCAGCUUAUAUCAUCACGAUAACGUGUCUGCAUUUCAUCUAUCUCUUGAAGUAGAAGAUAUCCUAUAUGCUUGAAGAAACAGAAUUGACCUUUGGUGGUGUGUGAAUGUGUCGUUAAACAUAUAUUAAAAUCACGUAUGUUCUUAUUAAUGACAAAAAAUCGCGUGGUAGCAUGAUUAUAAUAUUGUUUAAGCAAUUGUAUUUUAAGAAAAAGAAUAUGGAAAUAAUUUAUACUCACAUAUUUGUACGCACAAUUAUAACAGUUCCUUAAUUAAAAAAAGAAAGUAUGUAGUAUCUACUUCGACACCUGUAUAACACAUGCGCAACAGGAAGAUUAUCAUAUGUAAAAUCGCACAAAAUCAUAAUUUAUAAUCGCAGAUUAUACAAAGCAACGGAAAACAAAAUAUGUCUCUUUUUAUGUUCUUAUAUACAAUACAAAAAUGAUUAAUAGAUAUUUUGAUUUGUAAAAUUUGUAUAUGAAUGGAAGAAAUCUGCUUAUAUCAUAAAUGUUACAUAAAUAUUAUUGUUUGUUUCCCACAGAGGGAAAAUAAUGUAAAUAUUUAUUAUUCAUAUUAUUAAUGUAUUGGGUGAUAAGAAAAUGUAAAUGUUACACGAAGUGAUGUUAUAUAAAUACACACUUGUAUAAUUAAGAAAGUAAAUCUUUGUAUGGGCAAUGUACUGUAAUUGUAUAAUGUUAUAAAAAAAAGAAAACAUAAUUUUUAUUAAAAAAUUAGAUUUAUUACUAUUAUUAUUAUAUAUAAAAUCUACAAUAACAAUUUAGGUAAAUAUACAAAGAAUCCUCUAUUCAAUAUUUGUGAUUUCUAUUUUAUUUCCAUCCUCUAUUAUCUGUAAAGAAUGCUUUUAACAUUAGUUCUUAUGGCGAUUAAUUUAUUAAUUGCGUAUAUUAUAUGCAUUAUUUUAUAUCUCGUUCGUUUUUAAAGCAGAUAGUUCUUCCUUUGUCAUUCUUUUAAAAAAACCCACCUAUAAUUGAUAAGUAAUAAUCAAUGAUCUCAACACAUUUUGUGAAAAAAUAAUAACGCAACGAAAAGUAUGAGGACUUACCAUACUUAAUAUAAUAAUAAUAAUGUAUAAUAAUAUUAGACCCAACGAAACCGACACUAGCACAACCCACAAUUGCAAUUUUUGCAUCUUUGCGGUGUUACGAAAUUCUGUCGUGAGAUUUAUAUUACGUCUGUGUAUAAAGUAUAUAUUUCUUAAAUCAUAAUACUAUUUUCUAGAUUUCAUUACAGUUAGUAAAAAAUUUAUUAUGACAACAAUAUAUAUACUCACCUAGCCUCUACGCUGAAAAUUCUAUUUGCCGGGCGUAUAAUUUCAACGUAAGCAUCCGUGCUGAAUUUUACAAUCUUUGUUUCGUCCGACAAUUUAAAAUUAUCUGAAAGUAAUCAUAAAAAUAAAAAAAAUGUACGUGAUAGUAGUUUAUAUUAAAAACUACACGAAGAAAAUUUUACAAUACAAUUACAUGAAAAAUAUAUUCUCUUUUACAUUUAUUGUACAGCUAGAAUAUAACAAUAUUAAGAUACUUAUUAUUAUAAAAAUUGUAAAUUAUAUGCAUUGUUCUAUUAUCUGUUAACGAUUAUGUAUUUGUUUGUACAAUCAAAUAUUUGAAUAAUUACAAAAUAAUUCUUCGUAUUAUUGUGAAUAAAAAUAUCAUGAUUUCUCUUAUA